UGACCCCUCCCAGACUAGCUUCGCAAACCAAUUGUAGCACCAGAGUCAAGAUCAGCCUCACUGCACAGUAGAACAGCACUUCCUUCCCUAAACUCAAACUCACAAAGUCAUUUUUCACUAAAGUUUUUUGACACUGUGGCUUUUAGAUUCUAGAUCUACAGUAGAUCGUCUGCUUAAUCCUUUCCAGGAUUUUAAAAGACAGCGUGGUGUACAGGAAGUGACCGUCGCAGGCAGGACAUCUUGGCACAAUUACAGCAGCUUUGUGCAGGUGAUCCAGACUGUGUAACGAUGGGGGACUCCCUGAAUAAUGACCAAGCAGGCCUGGGCGCGGCUGUGAGCAGCAGUGUGAGCAGACUGUCGCUGGAGGAGAAACCAGCUGAAGCGGCACCCGCGUCACCACAGCACUGGACUGUUCCAGAUGGUGAUGUAAGUCCAAGCUCCAGCUCUUCGAUGACAACUAAAGAACUGCAGGAGUACUGGAGGGCUGUGAAGAGCCAACGCAAGCCGGUCAAACUGCUGUUUGAAAUCCCCUCAACCAGAACUGUGGAGCAUUACCCAUCCAGAUACGUGGUGUACAAGAUUGUGAUCAUAAAGUCUGGCAGCUACGAUGACAAGAAGGUUUCCAUCGAGCGGCGCUACACAGACUUCGAACGGCUCCACCAGAACCUCCUGAAGGACUUCAGCGAGGAGCUGGAGGAUCUCCUCUUCCCCAGGAAGAGACUGACGUGCAACUUCACCCAGGAGAACAUUAACGAGCGGCGCAUGGCCUUCCAGGAGUACCUGGGCACCCUGUAUGGCAUGAAGUGCAUCCGCAGGUCGGGGGCUUUCAUGGCUUUCUUCACCCACCCAGAGCUGAAAGAGGCCUACAGCUGCCUAAGAGGAGGGCAGUAUGCCAAAGCCCUGGGGUUGCUUAUGCAGAUAAAUGACCUACAGGAGAAGCUCACUCAACACAGCCCAGCUCUGCGGGUCCCGACUCUCUGCGCCCUUCUCGUCUGCCACAAGGACCUGGAAGACAUCACAAGAGCCUGCCAGGUGGGAGAAGAGGCUCUCUCGCUGCUCCCCAGGAACAAGAGGCACCGCUACAAGUGCGCCCUGCUGGACACGCUGGUAGAUCUGGGUUACGAGCUGGGCCAUGACGUCACACACCUGCAGGAGGAGCUGAGCGAGAUCAAGGAGGCUCAGAAAAUGCAAACAGCUCAGCUGUCGCUAAAGGAACUGGUGGUGCAGGAAUUCGUUGACUAGACGUGUUUCCAUCUGCAGCCCUGUUCCUGUGAACAGGAAACAGCAAGAGGAUCACUCAGCUUACCUGAUAUGGAGAAAAUAUCAUGACCUAAAACACUGGCCUUGAUAAGCGUGCAGUUGCCACUAGAUGGUGGUGUUGAAUUGACUUUAUGACAGUAUGGCAAGUGCAAGUAGAAUAGACUGAAGUCAGCAAGCCGCUUUUUUGACAUUUAGUGCUUGUCAGUCAUAUGACUUGUACUGGGAAGGCCAGCCAAAGCUUGAAGGAUCUUGAAAAGGAAAUAAAUGUGAGCGUCUUUCAUAGUGAGAAAUCUACAAUCAAUAUACCAACAAUAAAUACUAUAUCCUUUUGUUGUUUAGUCUGAGUGGCAGCUUUUUUGUAAAAAAUAAAAAGAAGAAAAAGAAACCAUGUAAUCCCUUUAGGCCAUGCUUUCUUUCUUUUU